GAAGAAGGAUUCAAGGGGACGGCCAGAUAAGAAGCAACCUCCUCCGUCCGUCCGUCCAGCUGCGCAUCAUCCAUCCGUCCCACUGCACCACCAUGGCGCUCAUGCUCAGCCCGGCCGCGACCUUCUUCCCCGUCGCCGGCAAGCCCUCCGCCGCCGCCACGAGGAGCCUCCUCUUCACCACCAGCAGCAGCAAGGGAAGAGGCGGUCGCGGGAAGGUGGUGGCGAUGGCGGACAUCCUGGGGGACUUCGGGGCGCGGGACCCGUUCCCGGAGGAGAUCGCGAGCAACUUCGGGGAGAAGACGCUGGGCAACGUGGACACGCUGCACCGCAUCCUCAUCCCCACGCUCUCCGUGCUCUCGCUCUCCCGCGUGCCGCUUGACGCCCACCCGGCGCCGCUCUCCGAGGAGGACGCCCGCAGGCUGCUCUUCAAGGUGGUCGGCUGGCGCCUCCUCUUCCCCACCAAGGGCGACUCCGACGUGCUCAAGCUCGAGUGCGUCUGGAAGGUCCGGGACCAGGCCUGCGGCGACGAGCUCGUCGCCAGGAUCAACAAGGCCCUCGACGGCGCCGGCCACGCCCCCGCCGCGCUCAGCUUCGAGCCGCCCAACCAAGUCAGGGCCCAGCUCUACACCCCGUCCGUAGGUGGGCUGAGCGCCAACGACUUCAUCAUCGCCGCCAGGAUCGACCAGAUCAACACCAAAGAUCUUCUCCCCAAGAAGAGGGUCUGGGCAUGCUGAUGACUGCCCAUGCCGUCUUGUUCCUCUUCCUUUGCAUGCAUACACGGACAGUUUUGUUUCAUGGAAAUGGAAUGGAAGCCAUCCUAUCCAUGCUUGUAGCUCUACCCAUAGUGUUUAAGACUAUGAUGCCAUCAAAUCAAAUCAAAUGAUUUCUCAA